AUGAGCGAAAGAGAAAGUCUGGACCCACAAUUUGAGGACUUCGUUCUUGCUGAAACGCAAAAACAACGUUUUCAGGUGUUGGUUCACGGUCUUACUGACACUUGUUGGGAGACGUGUAUGGGACGGCCAUCCAACCGCCUCGAUUCCAAAACAGAAACAUGCAUUACUAACUGUGUUGAAAGGUUCAUUGAUGCUACAACUUUUAUCACUAAACGACUAAUGAAUACAACAAAGUACCGUUCUGACGCACCUCUUGAAUUUCAAUAA